AUGACAAUCACGGCCGACCAGGAGAAGGCAGCCCAGUCUCACUACAACGCGUCGAUUGACGGCACGACGACGGCCAAGGGCGAGAAGGACUACCUCGACGGCAAUGUCGACGUCGUGGCAGCCGGCGACGGCCAGAUUGUCGACGCCGUGUUUGGUGAGAUCAACGGUGAUGGACCCGACUACCGUGGCCUGUCUGGCAUUGGCGCCUUCAUCGUCAUGACCAAGGCCAACAUUGGCCUCGGUGUGCUCUCCAUCCCCUUCAUCUUCCAGAUCUUCGGCAUUGUCCCCGGUAUCAUCCUCCUCAUUGUCGUCCAGGUGCUCGUCAUGUACUCGGCACAGGAGAUUCUGCCCUUCAAGCUCAGGCAUCCAGAGGUCUACGAUAUCUCGGACGCCGGCUACGUCUUUGGCGGCCGCAUCGCCCGCGAGUACCUCUACGUCUGGUUCAUCAUCGACAUGACCACCACCGGUUCGGGUGCCAUUGUCUCCCUCUCGGCCUGUCUCAACGCCAUCUCGUCCCACGGUGCAUGCACGGCCGUCUUCAUCGCCGUCGCUGCCGUCGCCGGCAUGGCGCUCGCCUCGAUCCAGACCCUCUCCAAGGUCUCGUGGAUCGGUUGGGUCGGCCUCAUCUCGCUUGUCGCGUCUGUCCUCACCGUCACCAUCGCCACCGGUGUUCAGGACCGCCCCGCCGCUGCCCCCCAGGCCCCCCUUCCUUGGGACAAGGACUUCCAGGUGGUCGCCCACCCUACCUUCCAGAAGGCCAUGUCCUGCAUCAACCAGAUCCUCUUUGCGUACUCGGCCACGCCGUCGUACUUCAACAUUGUGUCUGAGAUGGCCGACCCCAGGACGUACCGCCGCUCCCUCUACAUCUCGAUGACCGGUCUCACCGUCAUCUACAUCAUCAUCGGCUCGCUCAUGUACUGGUUCUGCGGCCAGUACGUCGCGACCCCUGCGCUCGCGUCGGCCGGUGCCCUCAUGACCAAGGUCUCGUACGGCAUUGCCAUCCCUGCGCUCCUCGCCACCCUCGUCAUCUACGUCCACCUUGCGUCCAAGACGCUCAUGGUCCGUCUCCUCUCCGGCUCGCGCCACCUCACCAACAACUCGGGCAUCCACUGGGCCAGCUGGAUCGGCUGCCUUGCCUUCAUCACCAUCUUUGCCUACAUUGUUGCCUCGGCCGUCCCCAACUUUGGCAACAUCAUCUCGCUCAUGGGCGCCCUCCUUUCGCCCAACAACUGCUUCAUCCCCUACGCCUUCAUGUGGUGGCACGACAACUGGCGCUACGCCAGCCGUGAGGAGCGCGCUCAGCCUUGGCGCAUCUUCAAACUCUGCACCCACAUUGGUCUCCUCGGUAUUGCCUUCCUCAUCACCGGCGCAGGCACCUGGGCUGCCGUUGUGGACGUCAUCAACUCGAGCUCGAACGCUGGCCCCUGGUCGUGCGCCGACAACCAGCGUGACGGUUAG